AUGCCUGCCCCUAGUCGAUGCGCUUACAUUGCCAUAGUGGUGGUUCUAUUCCUCUGCUUGAUCGCUCUCUUCCAGACUGGCACAGUGUCAUCACCUUCUUCAUUACAUCUCGAUGAUGUGACAGACUUUGUGUCAUCUCCAUUCUCAUCUUACAAGGAUGAGGUCCAAAACAACACCACACAACAAACGCCGUCACCAUCAUCUUCAACAUUGGCAGCUCCUUCGGUAACAUCCACCGGUGUGCCAAUCUCAUACGACAAGACUACACCUCCGUCAACAGGCUGCGAAGCUGUGGUCAACGCUGCUCAACACCGUUUGAUAUCAGAAUACCAACAACUCCUCAAGGGCAUCCGCUAUGUCAACGUUUGGGGAUAUCUCGAAACCGAGAACAAGGGUGAUGCUGCCAUCUGGUCCGCACAACAGAUCCUCUUGAGUAUGAUGGGUAUCGAGACCAUGGAAGCCUGCCGCUUCAUGGAUAGAGGCUGCAACAUGACCAAGUUCACACAAGCACUCGACAAUCACAAGCCCAACUCUGCCAUCAUCAUGGCUGGUGGUGGCAACUUCAACGACUACUACUGGGAGGACCAACCUUCGCGAAUGGAGAUGAUCAAACACUUCACCCAGGUGCCUAUCCGUGCUUUCCCUCAGAGCAUCCAUAUGACCCACGACGACCGCAUCGACGAUACAAAGAAAGCCUUCCUCACGCAUCCCAACCUGCAGCUCGCCGCACGCGAUGCCCCCAGCUACAAAUGGCUGGCAGAUACCUUCGAGGGCGAGAAAGUUGCCGCAUCAUCCACCGACCUCGCCAUCACGGACGGCAUCGGCAAGGGCGAAGUCAAGACGGUGCUCACUCCUGAUAUCGCAUUCAUGUGGGGCGACCGUUCGGACUUCCGCAUCAACACACCCAAGGAGUACGACAUUCUCAUCCUCGCACGCGACGACAAGGAGAUUUCGGCCGGAAACUCGAAAUCGAUUCCCUUCGGCAAGGGCAACCUCGACCUCGGCGGCAGUAUCGGUAACGUCAGCUACUGGAAAGUAGACUGGAAGUUCACCCCCACCCCUGAAAUUGAUGGCGAACACCGCGAGUCGGGAAAGAACCAGCGCGCCUGGGCAAAAGCAACAGAGGGCUUCAGAAUGCUUGGAGCUGCAAACUUCGUCAUCACUGAUCGUUUGCAUGGACAUAUCCUGAGCACUCUGAUUGGCACGCCACACGUUGUCAUGGACUCAAAGUUGGGCAAGAACAUCAACUACCACGACACAUGGACGAAAGAUUGUGCUUGCACCAGAGUAGCAGAUGACAUUGAUGAGGCACAAGAGUUUGCCAAGAUGUUCUUCGAGAAGGAGAAGUCGGAAGGAAGGUGGAAUGGUGAACUCGCCCAUGGUGCAGAGUCACAAGAUGUGGACGCAUGA